AUGCCGUCGCCAUUCGCCGAACUCUCGGCGCAGGCUCCCAGAGUCUACGUCGAUCAAAACCCGAAAGACGGUGUCGAGACGCUGACCGUUAUACUGGACCCCUGUCCCCUUUCCGAGCGCCCAUUCGAGAAGUUCAUCAUCCAAGCUGGUCGCCCAGUCAAGAUUGACGAAGAAGUGCACGACUUCAACAAGGACGACUUCAGCACCAUAGGCAAGCCGAUCAAAGAUACGAUGACUCACUUCAUCUUGGGCAGAGAGGAGAAAGUCUGGCUUGAAAGAUGGGAAGGAAUCAGGCAGAAGCUAGUGGAAGCCUCCGUCCCUCAGGAUGGUAAUCUCAGAGACACGUGGGACGAAUUGCUGGAGCGGAUGCGAAAAGACAGGCAAUUGGCCGAUCCCGAUGCCUUCAAGAGGCCUUGGGUUCCGGGGGAGCGUACUUAA